AUGGUGAGAAACUCGUGUCAUGAUUUCUACGCCGCUGAAGAUGUUGACGGUGUGAGGUUUUCAUGGAAUGCGAUUCCAACUACAAAAAUAGCUGCAACGAGACUAUCAGUGCCAGUUGCCUCAUUAUACACCCCGUUAAGGUAUAGAGAGGACUUGCCCUACGUUGAGUCAGACCCAGUCGUGUGUCGCCAGCCUUGUGGAGCCAUUUUGAACCCGUUUUGUCAACUCAAUUUCCAAACUAGAUCUUGGAUCUGUCCAUUAUGUAUGACUACAAACCCAUUACCUCCUCAAUAUCAACAACAAUUCCCUGUUCAAUGCCAACCGGAGUCUAGUACAGUGGAAUAUAUUUUUAAUAGAGGGUCUAGUGUCCCUCCGAUCUUUGUGUUCGUUGUGGAUACUUGCUUGAAUGAAGAAGAUUUCCAAGCAUUAAAAGAAUCAUUAUUGAUUAGUUUGAAUUUAUUACCACCAGAUUCAUUAAUCGGAUUUAUUUCAUUUGGUAAAGUUGUUAAUCUAUAUGAAUUUAAUAAUGGUGAAAUUUUGAAAUCAUUUGCAUUUAAUGGUGCAAAAGAAUAUUCAUCUGAAACUAUUGGUAAAAUUUUAGGAUUCAUUUCAUCAGAUUUGAAAAGUGGCUUACAACAACAACAACAAGGAAUGAAUCAAUCAGCUUCAAGAUUUUUACAGCCUGCUAGUAUUGCAGAAUACCAAUUAACUUUAAUCUUGGAGAGUUUAGCUAAGGAUUCAUGGCCUUUCAAAUCAAAUGAACGUCCAUGUCGUGCCACUGGUGCUGCUUUAAACAUUGCUAUUAAAUUAUUAGAAAGUUCAUAUCCAAAAGCUAGCGGAGGUGCACAUAUUAUGUUAUUUACAGGUGGUGCUACAACUUAUGGACCUGGAUUAAUUGUGGAUACUCAAUUAAAAGAACCAAUAAGAUCACAUCAUGAUAUUGAACGCGGGUCAGCUGAACAUUAUAGAAAAUCUAGGACUUUUUAUUCAGAAUUAGCUAAAAAUUGUUCUGAAAAUGGGUAUACAGUGGAUAUUUUCAUUGGUGCAUAUGAUCAAGUUGGAUUGAAUGAAAUGGAAUCACUUCCAGAUAAGACUGGUGGUGUUGUUGUAUUAAGUGAUUCAUUCACAACAUCAAUUUUCAGACAAUCAUUCCAAAGAGUUUUCAAUAGAGAUUCUCAAGAUAAUUUACAAAUGGGGUUCAACACCACAUUAGAAGUUAAAACUUCCAAACAAUUGAAAAUUUCAGGAUUAAUCGGACAUGGAUCAAGUCUUGAAAGGAAAGACCCUUUGAAAAUAUCUGAAAAAUCAAUUGGAAUUGGUGGUACAAAUGCAUGGAAAUUAUCAAAUUGUUCACCAAAUUCAUCAUAUGCAAUUUAUUUUGACGUGGAAAAUUCACAAAUUCAAUCAGCAUUCAUGACUAAUGGAGUUCCAAGUUGUAUUGUUCAAUUCAUUACACAUUAUACACAUCCAUCAGGUUCAAUACGUCUUCGAGUCACCACGGUUGCCAAACCAGUGGAUAAUGGAGAUUUAUCACCAUUUUUCGAUCAAGAAGCAUCAGCAGUAUUGAUUGCCAGAGAAGCUAUUGAACAAUUGGAUAAACAAAUUGAUGUUUCGGAUGUUUUAAUGUGGAUUGAUAAAAAAUUGAUUUCAUUAUUGAAAAAUUUCGCCGAGUAUAGAAAAAAUGAAUUGUCAAGUUUUAGAGUUUCAACAAAUUUUACAUUAUUUCCUCAAUUUAUUUAUCAUUUACGUCGAUCACAAUUUUUACAAGUUUUCAAUAAUUCACCAGAUGAAACAUCAUUUUAUCGUCAUGUUUUCAUGAAUGGAGAUACAACAAAUUCCUUAAUUAUGAUUCAACCUACAUUAACUUCAUUCCAGCAAGAUUUGGAAGAAGGAGAACCUGUAUUAUUAGAUUCAGUAUCAUUACACCCAGAACAUAUAUUAUUAUUAGAUACAUAUUUCCAUAUAUUAAUUUAUCAUGGCUCUACGGUGGCAGCAUGGAGAAGAGCAGGGUAUCAAGACCAAGAAGAGUAUGAAUCAUUUAAAGAAUUUUUAGCACAACCUCGUCAUGAAGCUGCAGAGUUAUUAAUUGAUAGAUUCCCCUUACCAAGAUUUAUUGAUACAGAGGAAGGUGGAUCACAAGCUAGAUUCUUGUAUUCAAAAUUGAAUCCAUCAACAACUUAUAAUAGUUCAAUUGGUGGAGUUGCAGGUAAUGUUGGGGGGGUUAUAUUGACAGAUGAUGUUAGUUUACAAACAUUUACUGAACAUGUUCAAAAAUUGGUUGUUGAAGUGAAAUAA